AUGUGUAAAGCCAAGGGGCAUCGCGAUGCUACCAAGGAUUUCCGCAUACAGAAAAUGCUGGAAGGUUGGUCCCGUGAAUCUGGACCCCGGGUUGAUUGUCGGCAACCUAUUUCGCCUUCUAUCCUUAAGGGGCUUCAUGCCUCUUGGGCCCUGGUUUGUGGUUCCCCUUACGAGGAGGCACUCUUUCACAGUGCCGCAUUGAUGGCCUUUUUGGGGGCUUUUAGAGUAUCGGAACUUGUAACACUCUCCCGCAACGAUGUUUCUGCCAGGGCUCUGCAGUUUAGAGAUGUUUGUUUAUUUAGCGACCGGGUGUCGUUCCGGGUCCGCCGUUCAAAGACAGAUCAGAAGCAGCACGGCUGCACUGUGGCGGUUGGUACGUACGCGGAACGCGAGUUAUGCCCUGUGGCCGCAAUCAGGCAUUAUAUUAAAUGGCGUGGAUCAUCGGACGGCCUUCUUUUCCGCCAUGUCAAUGAGGCCCCUUUGACGAAUAUGUUAACCAAAUUCCACCAGCAUGUCCUGGCCUUGGUGUUUGCUGAAAAUGAAAUCAACAAGAAUCCCAGAAUCUUGCCCAAUGCCACUCUUGGGUUCCACAUCUAUGACAGCUACUAUGAUAUGAGAAUGACCUAUCGCGCCACCUUUGAUCUGCUCUACAAAUUGCAAAUAUAUUUUCCAAACUAUGGAUGUGAUGCCCAGAAGAACCUAGUAGCCGUCAUUGGGGCAUUGAGCUCCGAUACCUCAUUCCACAUGUCCGACAUCCUAAGUCUGUACAAGAUUCCACAGCUGGCUUAUGGAUCAUUUGCCCCAGAGGAGAGAGAUGGAAAACCAUCUUCUUCCUUUUAUCGAAUGGUUCCAAAUGAAGCUCAUCAAAAUAUGGGGAUCAUCCAAUUACUUCUCCAUUUCCAAUGGACAUGGGUUGGGCUUUUUGCUGUGGAUGAUGACAGUGGAGAACAUUUCUUGAAGGUCCUGGAGCCACUACUUUCCAAACAUGGAAUCUGUUCAGCUUUGAUACAGAAAAUCCCAAACCAACCCAAUUGGAGUGAUUUGGAUUAUCUCACUGAUGUAUCGUUAAAUAUAUUUUUACCUUUCAGAGACAGCAAAGCCAACGCAUUUAUCUUCUAUGGAGACUUGAUGGUCUUUUUAGAACUUGUGGCUGUUAUAUUUCUAAACAAUCCCAAUUAUAAGGAAGAUGUAUCAUUGAGAAAAGUGUGGAUUACGACAUCACAAAUUGAUUUUGCACUGACAAGUCUUCAGAGAGGCUGGGAUUUCGAGUUCUUCCAUGGGACCCUUUCCUUCACAAUUCACUCAAAUCAGCCACAUAGCUUCCAGAACUUUCUUCAAGGUGUGAAGUCCUUUGAGAAAGAAAGGAAUGGUUUUCUCAAGGUGUUCUGGGAGCAAGCAUUUGACUGUUACUAUCCAAAUCCCCAGGAGCCAGUGGCCAUCAAUGAAACAUGUACUGGGGAGGAGAUGCUGGAGAGUCUUCCUAGUUCCCUUUUUGAAAUGGGCAUGACUGGUCACAGCUACAGCAUUUACAAUGCGGUCUAUGCCAUAGCACAUGCUAUCCAUGUGUUGUACUCAUCCAGAUUCAAUCACAGGACAAUAAACAGUGCUAAAAUAAUGGAACUUCAAGAUUUCCAGCCUUGGAAGACAGUGCCCCUUUCAGUGUGUAGUGAUUACUGCAAACCCGGCUGUCAUAAGAGAAAGAGAGAAGGGGAGACAUUUUGCUGCUACGAUUGUGUUCUGUGCCCAGAAGGGAAGAUUUCAAAUCAAAAUGAUAUGGAUGAUUGCAUGAAAUGCCACAGUGGUCAAUUUCCAAGUAAAGACAGAGAUGGAUGCAUCCCAAAGACAUUGAGCUUCUUGUCUUUUGAAGAACCUUUAGGAAUUAGUUUGGCUUCCUUAGCUGUCUGUUUUUCCCUCAUCACAGCCACAGUGCUAGGAAUCUUCAUUAAGCACAAAGAUACCCCCAUCGUCAAAGCCAACAACAGAGAUAUCACCUACAUACUUCUCAUCGCUCUCCUGCUCUGCUCCCUCUCUUCUUUGCUAUUCCUUGGCCGACCGAGGAAGGUGACUUGCUUUGUUCGACAGUCUGCUUUCAGCGUCAUCUUCUCAGUGGCUGUUUCUUGUGUUUUGGCCAAAACCAUUACUGUGGUUGUAGCUUUUAUGGCCACCAGACCAAGGUCCAGCAUGAGGAAGUGGGUGGGGAAAUGGCUGGCUAACUCUGUCAUCCUUUCCUGUUCCCUUAUUCAAGCUGGCAUUUCUAUGGUGUGGCUGGCAAUCUCACCACCUUUUCCUGAUUUUGACACAGAGUCUCUGACUAAAAAUAUUGUACUGGAAUGUAACGAGGGGUCUGUCACUAUGUUUUAUGUUGUCCUGGGCUACAUGAGUUUUCUAUCAAUUAUCAGCUUGAUUGUGGCUUUUCUAGCCAGGAAGUUGCCGGACAGUUUUAAUGAAGCCAAGUUCAUCACUUUCAGCAUGUUGAUCUUUAGCAGUGUUUGGGUCUCUUUUGUUCCAGCCUAUCUGAGCAGUAAAGGGAAAUCUAUGACAGCUGUGGAGAUCUUUUCUAUUUUGGUGUCUAGUGCUGGGUUACUAGUCUGUAUCUUUUCCCCCAAAUGCUACAUCAUUGUAUUGAGACCUGAGCUGAACAGAAAAGAAGCACUAAUAAGGAGAAAAAAAUAA